UCAGAGCGUUUAGAAGGCGGCCCACCCGGAUCUUGGAAUUCCCGCGGCGCGGGGGGCGGGUAAAGAUUGCCGGGUCUUGUUUGGUAGACUUCCGAAAGGUCUGCCCUAGCUCCCGGCCUGGGUAAAAGGAAAAGCUGUAGCCCGUGGUGUGGACCAAAAAAAAUUGUUUUUUUCUUUGACUGGGGAGAGAGCACUAAAAGCUAGAAUACAAACCAGCCCUGCAGUUUUUCCAACCCUAGAGCUCCUUUCUGGACAUUUCUCAGCUUGCCAAGCCCUUCAGACAACCCAUUGUUUCACGCAAAACAACUGACUUAGUCACCUCUCCACAGCAAAAGAAACAGAAAAAGUGCAGGACCUUCAAGCUCUGAUCUGCAAAGAGUUAACAUCUUAAGAGCUAAACAGAACUGUAUUAACUCCUCUCUUAACAAGCCAGGAAGACAAGAGGAUUCUGCCGGACUGGAGGACACCAAAACAGUUAGAGAAAAGGAUAAGAGAGAGCUCUCUAGAGGAAGCAAGAACUUGUCCUGUGGUAUCUCUCAUAGCUUGGGAGAUGAUAUGACAUCUUAUCUUCUGGAGGACCAUACAGCAAAGGACCUGAUAGGAGACAUAGACUCAAUACCUCUGAUGAUACCAGCCUCGAAAGGUAAGAAUACAAAAACUCAACCACCCUUGAGCAGGAUGACUCGGGAUGAAUUGGAGGACAGUUUGUUUCGUCUUCGUGAAGAGCACAUGUUGGUGAAGGAGCGUUUUUGGAAGCAACAAGAUGAGAUCAAAAGGAUGAGAACAGCCUUGCUCCGGUUAACCGCAGCAGGCCGGGGCCUGCGGGCCGAGGCGGCCGCGGCGGAGCCUCAGCUCUGGGAGCCCGCUAGACGGCGGCGGAACGCAGCGUGGCGGCAGCGCCCCCUCAAGCACCAGCGUCCCCCGCUGCAGGGGCUCCCGCUGCAGGUCCAGCGCGUCGGCCCCCCUGCUCCCCGCCGCACCCAGCCUCGCGUCCACGCGGGACACAGACAGCUCCACACCGCCGGGGCACCGGAGGCAGAGAAACCCAGGAGAGAGUCAAGGGACAGGCUGAGCUACACAGCCCCUCCCACAUUCAAGGAACAUGUGACAAAUGAAAAAGCCAGAGGUGAAGUAUCCAGUGAACCCAGCGAACUUGUUCCUAAUUCUAACAGGAAAAUCUCUUUUAGCAAAGUCAUAAUUAUGACUAAGCUCAUUGGUCUAUGCAUGCCUAACAGUGCCCACUUUAUGACCAGCGAUACUAUGCAAGUGGAAGAACCACCCAAGUCUCCUGAGAAAAUGUGGUCCAAAGAUGAAAAUUUUGAACAGAGAAGCUCUUUGGAGAGUACUGAGAAGGCCACAGAGCUUCGAGCUUCCAUUAAAGAGAAUAUACAGCUGAUUCGACUUAAGAAGCUCUUACAUGAAAGGAAUACCUCUUUGGCAGUGACAAAGGCACAAUUAACAGAAGUUCAGGCCGCAUAUGAAACUCUGCUCCAUAAGAAUCAGGGAAUCCUGGGCGCAGCCCACGAUGCCCUCCUCAGCCAAGUGAAUGAGCUCAGGGCAGAGCUCCAGGAGGAGAGCAAGAAGGCCGUGAGCUGGAAGAGCCAAGUGGAAGAUGUGUCCAUCCUGCAGAUAACCCUGAAGGAGUUUCAGGAGAGAGUUGAAGAUUUGGAAAAAGAACGAAAAUUGCUGAAUGACAAUUAUGACAAACUCUUAGAAAACAUGUUGGAUAGCAGCAAUCAGCCUCAGUGGAGCCAUGAGCUUGGAGAGCAGCUACAGCAGAAAGUCUCUCAGUUGCAGGAUCAACUGGAUGUUGAGAUGAAAGAGAAGAGAGAAAUCUUACUUCAGCUCUCACAAGAGAAAGCUCAAAACAAAGAUCUGGAGCUUGAGCUCACCAACUUGCUUCAGAAGCAUAGACAGGAAGUAGAGGAUCUCCAAAAUAUAAGCACAUUUUCCCAAUCUCCUGACAGGCAAUCUGCACCAGCCACUCACCCAGCUCUAUUUCAAGAGACCACUCAGAUAAAGCCCUGUGAACCAAAAAGCCAGGAAGAAAAAAAACUGUCCCAGAUGUUAAGCGAGUUGCAAGUAUCACAUGCAGAGACCACAUUGGAACUAGAAAAGACCAGAGACAUGCUUAUUCUGCAGCGCAAAAUCAACGUGUGUUAUCAGGAGGAACUGGAAGCAAUGAUGACAAAAGCCGAUAAUGAAAAUAAAGAUCACAAAGAAAAACUGGAGAGGUUGAAUCAACUCCUAGACCUCAAGAACAAGCGUAUCAAUCAGCUGGAAGGUAUUUUAAGAAGCCAUGGCCUUCCAGUAUCCGAACAGCUUAAAGACGUGGCUUAUGGCACCCGACACUUGCCAUUAUGUCUGAAACCACUGCCAGCCCAUGAAGAUGAGGAUAAAGUGGACAUUUCUCCACGGCAUCAGAGUGAGAACCUUUUUGAACUGCACAUCCAUCAGGCCUUUCUGACCUCUGCUGCCCUGGCUCAGGCUGGAGACACUCAACCUACCACUUUCUGCACCUAUUCCUUCUAUGACUUUGAAACCCACUGUACCCCACUAGUUGUGGGGCCGCAGCCUCUCUAUGACUUCACCUCCCAGUAUGUGGUAGAGACAGACUCCCUCUUCUUGCACUACCUUCAAGGGGCUUCAGCCCAGCUUGAGCUACACCAAGCAAUAGCCAGUGAGCACCACACCCUUGCAGCUGGAUGGAUUUGCUUUGACAGGGUUCUAGAAACUGUAGAGAGAAUCCACGGCUCCGCCACACUUACUGGAACUGGUGGAGAAGUCUUUGGGGUGCUAGAGUACUGGAUGAGGCUGCGCUUCCCCAUGAGAUCCAGUCUACAAGCAUACAAUAAGCGAAAGAAAGCCCAGGCAUACUUGGCAGCCAAUGUGCUUGGAGCCUGGGAAGCCCAGAAGGAUGAGUCCAGAUCGGGGACCUGGAAGAAUCAGAAUGAGCUGCGGGUGGAAAUCAUCCAAUGCUGUGGCCUCCGGAGCCGAUCGCUGGGAGCCCAACCCAGUCCUUACGUCAUGUAUCGCUUCUUUACCUUUUCUGACCACGACACGCCCAUCAUUCCGGCCAGUAACAAUCCCUACUUCAGAGACCUGGCUCGGUUCCCAGUGCUUGUGAGUUCUGACCUGGAUCAGUAUCUGAGGCGGGAGGCCCUCUCUGUGUACGUUUUUGAUGACGAAGACCCAGAGCCUGGCUCGUACCUUGGCCGAGGCCAAGUGCCCUUGCUUCCUCUUGCACAAAACAAAUCCAUUCAAGGUAAUUUUAACCUCACUAACCCUGUGGGGGAACCCAAUGGAUCUGUUCAGGUGCAACUGGAUUGGGGGUCUUGCUACAUACCCCCGGAGAGCUUCCCAAAGCCAGAAGCUCAGAGUGAGGAGAACACCAGGGAUGCUUUAGAGACGUCAAUAGAAGAGGAAGAGGCUUCCUUUCCUCCCCAGGACCAGAUGGUAUCUAUUGAUAGUCCCACUGAAGCUGGCCAAUAUGAAACUAAAAGAAAACCUCCUCAGGUGGGAGAAAGGAAGGAAAGGGAACACCAGGUCGCAGGCUACUCAAGAAGAAAACAUGGCAGAAAAACAGGCAUCCAAGGAAAAAACAGAAUGGAGUAUCUUAGUCAUAACCUCUUAAAUGGAAAUACACUACAGCAGGUGAAGUACGUUGAAUGGAAAUUCUCAGGGCUUAAGAUGUCCACAGAUCAUGUUUUAAAAAAUCAGCAAAAGGAAGAGGAAAUGACAUCAUCCUAUUCAGCACAGAUACUAAAGGAAACCCCACAUCCUGUGAAUGAUAAAGAAUUCUGUGAACAAGCUUCUGAAGUCAGUGAAGCACAAACUACAGACAGCGAUGAGAUAGUAACACCUGUAUCUCAGAAAUGUCCUAAGGCGGGUUCAGAGAAGAUGUGCAUUGAAAUCGUCUCCCUGGCCUUCUACCCAGAGGCUGAAGUGAUGUGUGAUGAGAACGUGGAACAGGUGUAUGUGGAAUACAAGUUCUAUGAUCUGCCCUUGUCAGAGACGGAGACUCCAGUAUCCCUGAGGAAACCGAGAGCAGGAGAAGAGAUCCACUUCCACUUCAGCAAGGUGAUAGAUCUGGACCCAGUGGAGCAAAAAGAACGGAGGCAGUUUCUGUUCACCAUGCUGACUGGACAAGAUCCCGAGCAAGGACAUUUAAAGUUUACAGUAGUAAGUGAUCCUAUUGAGGAGGAAACGAAAGAAUGUCAAGAAGUAGGCUACGCAUAUCUGGAACUGUGGCCAAUCCUGGUAUCAGGAAGAGACAUCCUAGAGCAAGAUCUAGACAUUGUUAGCCCUGAAGAUCAGGCUACCCCCAUAGGAAAGCUCAAGGUGUCCCUUCAAGCUGCUGCUGCCCUCCAUGCUAUUUACAAGGAGAUGACUGAAGAUUUGUUUUCAUGAUGGAACAAAUGCUAGUCCAUUCUAAACCCUGAGGGAACCAUAGUAAAAAGCCUCUUAUAAAGUAACUUGCUCUACCAUGAAUUUGGUUUACUGUGAUGUCUCAACCUAAUCAUGAAAGUUCAGCAUGAUAAAAGUUUCUUUUUGUAAUACUAGCUGGAUAAAGAGAAUUAAUCUCUAUGUCUUAGCACUUUUCUAGGAGAGAA